GGCUAUCUCACCUAUAGUAAACAGGACGGGAGAUGAGAGAGAGGAGAGGAGAGGAGGAGGAGGAGGAGGAAGGAUGCAGAGGGAGAGAGGGAGGGAUGGAGGGAUGCUGCUGUCCUAUCAGAACACGAAUAAACUGUGACGAGUCCAGUCCGGUGAGACACGGGACAACCGCAGUUGACCACACUCGUUCUGCACAAAGAUACAUGUCGAGUGAACCUAAGAGACUCUGCACCGACAACAUGACGGUUAAAAAGAUCGGGACCCAUAACGGGACCUUUCACUGUGACGAGGUUCUGGCCUGUUUCUUCCUCCGACAGUUACCUGAGUAUAAGGAUGCUGAGAUCAUUCGGACCAGAGAUCCAGCCCAGCUGGCAGUGUGUGAUAUUGUUGUGGAUGUAGGAGGAGAGUUUGAUCCGACAAGGCAUCGUUACGACCAUCAUCAGAGGACCUUUACAGAGAGUUUUCACAGCCUUUGUCCAGAAAAGCGCUGGGUGACCAAACUCAGCUCAGCCGGCCUGAUUUACCUCCACUUUGGUCGUCGGCUGCUGGCCCAGCUGACACAGCUGAAGGAGGACGACAAACACCUGGAGGUGCUUUAUGACAAGCUGUAUGAAAACUUUGUAGAGGAGGUUGACGCCAUAGACAACGGAAUUUCACAGUGUGAUGGGGAGGCCCGUUAUGCCGUCUCCACCACGCUGAGCUCACGUGUCGGCCACCUGAACCCACGCUGGAACAGCAAGAGUCAGGACACUGAGGAAGGUUUCAAGAAAGCGAUGGUGAUGGUUGGGGAAGAGUUCCUGGACCGUUUGGAUUUUUACAGGUCCUCCUGGUUGCCAGCUCGUGAGGUUGUGGAGGAAGCUGUUAAGGAGAGGAAUAAGGUAGAUACCAGUGGGGAGGUGGUGCUAUUCUCUCAGGGUGGAUGUCCCUGGAAGGAGCAUUUGUUUGCCCUUGAAAAGGAGCUCCAGGUAGAGACACCAAUCAAGUUUGUCCUUUACCCUGACCAGAAUGGACAGUGGAGGGUCCAAUGUGUCCCUGAUGGCCUCAACACCUUCCAGAACAGGCUGUCCCUGCUGGAGGAGUGGCGCGGCGUUCGUGACGAGGCGCUGUCGGAGCUCAGCGGGAUUAAGGGCUGCAUCUUCGUCCAUGCUGGUGGCUUUAUUGGCGGGAACAAGACCCAGGAAGGAGCCUUGGAGAUGGCUCGGAGGACACUGCAGGCCGCAGCCCACUCGUCUGCAAAUGGAAGUAGCUGAGCAGUCGGAAAGGAUGGCCAACGGCGCAUUUUGUUCGGUGGGGUCAAUCUAUAGAAAGGAUAGGAAGGAUUAAAAUGUUAAUUUGCUAGCUUGCAGCUUGUACAUCCCAGCCAGGGCUAAUGUUGUUUUGAUCUUCUAUGCCAGAGCCACACCAGUAUGGAAAUGGCAGCCAGAUAACCUUGGACAAAUUCUCUAAAUACCUAUUCUGCAAAAUACAGGCUCACAUUGAAUCAUAGCUUUAACUCAUGUUAUUCUUCAUCUCCUUUCCGGCAUUUAUUGGUGUGUAUCUGUUGUCAUUUACAAAAUGAAUGUUUGGAUUUGGACGCUUGUAAACAUUUCAACAUUAUGUUCGAUUCGACAAUUAAAACCAAUUGUUUCUCA